AUGGACGUCCAGGUGUCGUACUUCGACGACGACGGGAACCUGGUGCGGUGCGAGUUCGGGGAUUUGCUGCGAGGGAAGACGGCGGUGGUGUUCGCGGUGCCCGGCGCGUUUACGCCGACGUGCUCGACGAAACAUUUGCCGGGAUACGUCGAACGCGCGGACGCGAUGCGCGAGCGCGGCGUGGAUGAGGUGAUUUGCGUGUCCGUGAACGAUGCCUUCGUGAUGAACGCGUGGGGGAACAGCGCGGGAGCGAAGAUGGCGAAAAUUAAGAUGGUCGCGGACGGGUCGGCGGCGUGGAGCAAGGCGUGCGGAGUGGAUUUGGAUCUUCACGAGCAAGGGAUGGGAACGCGCAGUCGCCGCUACGCGCUCAUCGCGCGCGAUGGGGUGAUCGAGUACUUGGCCAUGGAGUCGGGGCAAAAGUACGAGACGAGUGGUGCGGCGGAUAUUUUGGAAAGGUUGCCGCUUCCGUGA